CACGAACCCGGACGGCGAGGUCGCGCCGCUGUCGCUAUGAGUUCCAGCUCGUGGCGGCCGGAGACGGUCGAUCCCAUGGGGAAGGCGAUGGGAGUGCCUCGGGCACCAGCACGGACGUGGGAGCUCUGGCUGGAUCUGCGCACGUCGGAGGUUACUUUCGCACAGAUGGUCGUCGUCAAGCUCUUCUACUCGGUCCGACGCGUCAUCGACGAGGCGGGCAAGGCGCUGCCACAGGGCGCGGGCGUGCAGGGGCUCCUCUUUGCGGAGCCGCGCUUCGAUCCCGCCGACACUAUCGGCCUCGAGCUGCCCGUGUUUGUUGAGGCGCCCGACGGAGUUCUCUUGAACUGCACCGGCGUGAGCGGCCCUCGCAGACCACUCGAGGCUACGCUGCGCGCACCGGCGAGCGUCGACGAGCUCUGCGCCGCGCAGGACGCGAUUCGCGAGGCGGGCGACGGCGGGACCGCGUCGGUGGUUGCGCUGCCCGCUGACCCGCUGCUGUGGGCCGUCGCGCUGACCGGGCUUGAGGAGUGCCAACUGGAGGCAAAAGAGGGCAACGCGGGGGCUUGAGGUCGAACGCCCGCUCGUGAGCUCGCCGUUGACCUUUGAUGUUUUGCCGCGGUGCGGCGAGGACUUACAGUCGAACAAA